AUGUGUUCUCUGGCCUUUCAGGCAGACACCAAGCCCGAGUCCCAGAGCACCAUUUUCUGGAAUCAGCACGCCAACUUUCAUCCCCAAUCCCGAUACUCAUUCAUCAACCUUAGCUCUUCUAGCGACGUGGCUAUUCCAGGCCAUCCGAAUGCUCGUUUUGUCAAGUAUUUGACUCUGAAUCUGAAUGACGGCAUUCAACAAAGCUUAACGAUAUUUUGCAACACUCGCUCGGUUUCCUGCAUCAAAUUGACGGUUCCCAGCAGUUGA